AUGUCUUUCCGAGAAGUACGAAGGAUCCCCGUCACCAAAGGAUGGGGUCCCUGCAAAAGAACUCACUGGGUACCGAUCAGCGAUUACGAGGCAUAUCAGACUCCUGACGGCUUCACCCAUACGUCGCACUGGAGGGUGGGCGUCGAUCCUUGGGCACUUGGGCUGCGAAGACCAGGAAUCUUUCUGGCAGACGACGACAUACGCUAUGUGGGUUUCCGAGAGACCCGAUCUGGGGGCCCUGGAGGACAGCGGAUUCGGGAUGGCCAUUGGAGCUUCGGUGAGCUCAACGAGAUUUUGGACGGAGUAUACGCUCGAGACCAGCAGGAGCUCGAGGACAGGAGGGCGAUCGAGGAACGUCGGACCGAUGAAUUUAGAAGGAGAUGGCUCACACUCCACGAGCGUUCCGUUGGCACACAAGACCAGUUGACACGGCACAUGGAGGACUAUCAGAGCAUCAUGCAAAUGCCUAUCGCCAACGAAAGACUCACAAGUCUGCGGGCGGAGGCCGAGUCGUAUGCUGAGAGAAGGAGACAGCGAGAGGAAGAACAACAGAUUAGAGACCGACAAAGGGAGAGGGAGCUUCGCGACGCCGAGAUUGGGCGAAGGACGCGUGAGGACUUGGCGGACUAUGGAUUCGUGCCCGUCACGCGACGUCGAGGGCGACGAUGA